AUGACCUUCGUGACUGAGCACCCCGGGAGCGGCCGCCAGUGCAGAGCUGCCUCCACAGCACGGCCAUUAACUCUCUUCCCACGGGUCCUCAAAGAUCAGAUGGGCGAGGGAAGAGGCCGCGGAGCACAGCGCCGGCACCGGGGCGAAGGAUCCAAUUCAGAGAGUUUCCAUUCAAACAACAGGAUGCGCUCCGAUGGCCAACGCCACGCCACUCCACCGCCUCCCAGUCUGCAGGGGCUGUUUAAUGGAAAACCAGGAGACUUGAUCGAGAUCAACCGUGGGCCCUAUAAUCAGUGGGCCGUCUACAUCGGAGAGAAUGAAGUGGUUUAUUUCACUACAGAGGGUGUUCAGUCAUCUGGCUCGUCGGCGAGUCUGAGCAGCAGCCCCGGAAAGGUGAAGCGUGAGACGUUCAAGAAUGUGGUCGGCAAUGACCGUUACCAGGUCAACAAUCUGCUGGAUAAAACGUUCAAAGCUCGUGAUCCUUCCGUCAUAGAGAAGGAGGCCUGUGCGAUGGUGGGCCGCGAGCUAGAGUACGACAAUAAAACUUACAACUGUGAGCACUUUGCCAUCGAGAUGCGAUACGGGAAGGCAGAGUCUCGUCAGGUGUGUAUCUAA